CUAAAUCUUCUAAAACCUAUCCUCGAAUUAUAGAAGACAAGAAAUGCAAAAUAAAUAUGACUAUUUUAUCAAAAAGUAGUGACACAACAGCAAAUAGUUCAUGUAAUACAUCUAUUCUGGGGAAUUUGGAACUUUCUGAUGUAAAUCUUUCUGAUGUAAAUGUUUCUGAUAUGAAUGGAAUAGACAUAAAUAAUUUUGAAAAUUGUGGUACAAAUUUAAAUAAUAAUAAUGGAGAAGAAAUGAUUCACGAAGUACUAGCUGAAAAUAAAUCCACGUUUACAUCUAUCACUGAAAAUACUGAACUGGACAGCACUAUAGUACCAUUUUGUGAUUUAAACGGAGUUAAGAAUUCUUCUAUAAACAACGAUAUAAAUAACAAUGACAAUAAAUUAUAUUGCAGUAACUCACAAAUUGAAAAUGUCUCGCAAAAUACAGAUUUUGAGAAAAAUAAAAUUUCUAAUGUAAGCGAUAAAGAUUCAGAUUAUGAACCAUCUAUUCAGAGUUCAAAUGAUACUGAUAUUGAACAUACUGAUAUUGAAAUAAAUGAUGAUUUAGAAAUUGCAAAUAAUGAAUCUAGCAUAUUAGCAAAUUCUUCAGAAAAUGCAAACGAAAAAAUAUGUUAG